CAGCGCUAACAAUUACCAUUAUCUGUCCCACUUGGGGCUAAUCAGGCAGGAUCUGUCACGCCGAAGCCUGCUUCCUGCCGCCCUCGGGAGGCACCGGCCGAGCCCCCGGCGGGGGUCGCACCUACUCCCAUUAGAGCCCGGGCACUUGACUCAUUCAGGUACUUAGCAUCCCCCAGACAGGGACGGUCCGGGCGGGCGGGCGGCCCGCGGGGAGGACUGUUUAUAUAAACAGGACACCUCUGUAAGCGACACUAGUACCGGGGCGAGGCGGGGAUGGAGUGAGCGGAGCCGCCGGGCGCAGGGAGGCAGGUUGCAGCGGCCGGCGCGCCAUGGCCACCCCCGGCAGGGCCAGCUUCACCGUGAGGAGCCUCCUGGACCUGCCCGAGCAGGAGGCGAGCAACAUCCCGCGGGGCGCCGAGCCGCCCGCCCCGGAGCCCUACGGCGAAUGGCUGGAGGCGGACCGGAGCCACUACCCGUCGUCGGAAGAGAGCGGGCCGGAGCCGAGCCCGCGGGGCCCCGCGCUGCCGCCGGGCGCCGCCAAGAAGAAGAAGCGGCGGGUGCUGUUCUCCAAGGCGCAGACGCUGGAGCUGGAGCGGCGGUUCCGGCAGCAGCGCUACCUGUCGGCGCCCGAGCGGGAGCAGCUGGCCCGCCUGCUCCGCCUCACGCCCACGCAGGUGAAGAUCUGGUUCCAGAACCACCGCUACAAGAUGAAGCGGGCCAAGGCCGAGGCCCCCGGAGGCGGCGGCGGCGACGCGGGACAGCCCGGCCUGCUGCGGAGGGUGGUGGUGCCGGUGCUGGUGCGCGACGGGCAGCCCUGCCACGGCUGCGCGCCCAGCCCGCCGGCCCGGGACAAGCCAAGCUACGGCUGCGGCACACGGACCGCGGUCCCCGGGCCGGGCUACCACGCCUUCCCGCCCGGCGCCCUCGGCCUCUUCCCCGCCUGCCAGCACUUAGCGCCCCCGGCCCUCGUCUCCUGGACCUGGUGAGGCCGCGCCGGGCCCCGGCCGAGCCCCCGUCGGUCCCGGACAGCAGGUGGCCGCGCGGGCCGAGCCGGGGCCGCGACGGCGCCGCUCUCCUCCCGGGACAGCCUCUGGCACGCGGCGGCGGGCAGCGCGGCCAAUAACCCGAGCUCGUGGCACACGGCGGCCGGGACAGCGCCUCUGUGUCCCCGCGCCGGGCGAGUCCCGGCAGCUCCGCGCCCGCGCAGCUGUGCUGCCCGCCCGGCCCCGCGCCUGGCACGAGGCCGAGGGAGCGGCGCGGCGCGGGGCGAGGACAGAGGCUGUCGCGGCCGGAGGAGCUCGGAGCUGCGCCCCUCUGCUCCGUGCCGCGGGGCGGGGCGGGGCGGGGCGGGAGCCCGGGCGCACUGGCUGCAGGCGCGGCCCCUGCGGGAGAGCGGGGAUU